GUGGCGGCAAUACACUAAUAGGUGUGGUCUGCAAUAAAACCUUAAAAAAUAAGAAGCAGUGAAUACAAUGGAAUAUUUGUUUCAAUACCCUGUACAGAGGAAGUCUGCCAUAAACCUUUAGUGAAAGAAGAGGAGCAUUUUGUGUGGGAGGCUGCCAUGUACAAAAACAACAAACAUUAAGUAACAUUUCACGCUGGCUAGUGUGCUAAGGCAAAUUUAUGAAGAUGUGUCUGAAGCUGCGACAGAUAUAUUUCAUUAGUAUUAUGAUUUAGCUAAACAUCAUUGAAUAGAUGGCUGCGCUUUUGCAUCUGGAAUUAGCUUGCUCGCUAACUGGCUAGCAGCAGUCCAGUAAGCGCGAGCCCCUGCGGAGGGUGGUCUGGGAUUCAGGACGACGGGGACUGGAGUCCAGUGCUGGAGUCCGACGACCCUCUUUGGUAGCCACUGCUGGCUAACGUUAGCUAUCUCACAAUCAGUUUUGCGUUGUGUCGCUCAUAACUCACUGACAAUGUAGAAUAUCAUAGGGACGGAGACACGGGAUCUGGUUCCCGGCUUGUGAGCGAGGUAAUCGGACAAGCCCAUCUUCUUCACCUCCUCCAUCUAUUCUAGGUGGGGGAGAGGAUGGCCUCCCUCCUCCAUGUCCCCCUGCUGGGGUUGCUGCUGGUGGCUGUAGCCCCUGGGUGUUGGGCAGGAGACUGUAAGGGCCACAGACAGGUGCUCAGGGGCCCACCAGGGUACGUCACAGACGGGCCAGGGAACUACUCUGUAAACGGGAACUGCGAGUGGCUCGUCAAAGCCCCCAGCAGCAAUUACCGUAUCGUCCUGAACUUUACCUUCAUGGAGACCGAAUGCAUGUAUGAUUACCUGUUCGUCUACGAUGGAGACUCCUACCAGAACCCUCUACUGGCCAGUCUGAGUGGCAACACCCUGCCGCAGCCCAUAGAAGCCAAGUCUGGCAAGAUGCUGCUCCACCUCUUCAGUGAUGCCAACUACAACCUCCUGGGCUUCAAUGCCACCUACUCGUUCUCUGUGUGCCCUGGGGCCUGCGGAGGUCACGGGCGCUGUGACACAGCCUCGUCCCUGUGCCAGUGCCAUCUGGGCUGGGGAGGAGCCGACUGCAGCACCCCUCUAUGUCCCCAGGCCUGCAUCCUGCAUGGCACCUGUGACAAGAGAGGAGAGCGUUGUCUCUGCAGCUCAGACUUCCUGGGCCAGAGCUGUCAGCUGGGUCUCCGUGAUGACAGUGGGGCGGGGCAGUGGUGGCAGGUGAGUGGGGCCGACCCCUACAUGCCCCCCCGGACCGGUUCUGCUGGGGUCUACCUGUCCUCCACUGGAGCCAUGUACCUGUUUGGAGGGUUUGACUUGAACCGAGCUUUGGGGGACCUGGUUAAAUACAACUUCAGCUUGAACCAAUGGGAGAACAGAUCUUAUGGACACUCCCCAGCGGCUCGUCACUCCCACACGGCAGUAGAGUGGAAGGGGAACAUGGUUAUCUUCGGAGGAGAGCUCGCGAGCGGCGCUUUAGCCAGUGACGUCUGGAUGUACCGCCCAAUCCAGGAUGACUGGCAGCAGCUCGGCCAAUCCCAUUCGCCCGGGGCACCGAGGGUGGCCAACCAUGCAGCAGCUGUAGUGGACAACUAUCUCUACAUAUUUGGAGGUCGUACGGAAGAGGAUAUGUUCUCGUCAUCUCUGUAUCGGUUUGGUCUGUGGGGGUCUGGGGUGUGGGGGUCUGGGGUGUGGGAAGCGGUGCAGCCCACUGGGGGGAAGCCCCCUGCCACAGCAGGCCACUCCAUGGUGUUCCACCCCCCGUCCCGGGCCCUGCUGGUCUACGGGGGCCACAGGCCUACCACUGCCAGGUUCAGUGUACGUGUGAACUCCACAGAUGUAUUCCACGUGGACCGGAGGUUCUGGACCUCUUUCCGUUCCCGUUUCCCAGCCACAGGCCCCAGGGAGAGAGCCUUCCACUCAGCCACCGUCAUCGGAAACUAUAUGGUGGUCUAUGGGGGAAAUGUGCACAUCCACUACCAGGAGGAGAAGUGUUAUGAUGAGGAAAUCUUCUUCUACCACCUGGGGUGUCACCAGUGGGUGUCAGCUGGGUCGAGCCUCCAACACAGAGGAGAGGCUGUGAGAGGGCGGUACUCCCAUGUAGCUGCUGUGAUGGAGGGCAGGGUGCUGCUGGUUGCCGGGGGUUACAGUGGUAUUGCCCGUGGAGACCUGGUGGCGUACAAAGUUCCACUGUUCGUGAGCAGCGACCCAGGAGACCGGGUGAGUCAAGAAGACGCUGUGUGUGCCGAGGCACCAGACGAGAGCAUGUGUCUGAAGAACCCAGAAUGCAGCUGGUGUGAGGGCCGCUGUCGGGAGUACCAACCCACCAACCCGUGUGGCAGCACAGGGUGCCUGGGCCUGGCCCGCUUUCUGUCUGACUGCCAGUCCUGCCUGGUGUUCAGUGGGGCUCCUGGUUCCCUGCCCCGUGCCCCCGGUGACUUCGGCUGGUGUGUCCAGAACGAGUCCUGCCUACCUGUGUCAGAUCAAAGUGCUUGCCGUGUGGACCAGAUCUCAGGGGCGUAUGGCUGGUGGGGGGAGCGUACCCGUUUCCUCACCUCACUCCUUUCCUGUCGCACUGAGAACUAUGUCCCGGGGCUGCACCUGCUCACCUUCCAGCACCCCCGCAAUGACUCCCAGCCUGACAAGGUGUCCAUCCUGCGCAGCACCUCCAUCAUCCUCAGCCCCACCACAGAGAUGGAUGUCACCCUGCAGUUCCGGGGCUUCAUCCACCCUCUGUGGGGUGCCCCUCCACCUGCACCCCCUCCCACCGAGACAGUUUCCAUGUGGGCCCGGAUACAGAGGCUACACUUUGAGGCCCGCAUGGCUGCUGGACCCAACUCCCUGCAACUGAAGGAGGUGGUAGGUCGCUGGGCAGCUCACCAGGAGAAGGAGACGAAGCUGCUGUCCCGUCCUGACAUGGGUCGUCUGUUUCCCAACCUGACCCGGGGGAACCGCUACCUGGUCCAGGCCGAGGGAUACCUCAACAACUCAGGCUCUGGACAGACCAGUGAGAUGGCCCUGACCUGGAACAGAACCGCUCUGCCCGGCGGAAGUGAGAUUUCCUUCCUGUUCUUGGAGCCGUACCGUUCUGGCUCUUGCUCGGGGUACCAGUCUUGCUUGGCAUGUCUGUCAGACCAGUCCUGUGGCUGGUGCCCAUCUCUGGGCCGCUGUCUGUUCCGUGCACUGCCUGACCUGGAGCCCUGCCCGGAGGACCAGGGGGGAGGGGAACGCCACCUGCUGCUGGCCCCGCCACAAUGCACCCUCUGUGAGGAGUACAGGGACUGCUCCGCCUGCACUCAGGACCACUACUGUGAGUGGCAGAUCAACUCCAGCAAGAAGGGUGACUACCAAUGCAGCCGACGGGGAAGACUGGAUGGAUCCAUUCGCGACCCAGAGAGGUGCCCUAAAGUCUGCAACCAGAGGAGGACGUGUGGAGAGUGUCUGUCUAACUCCAGUCAGUGUGCGUGGUGUGAGUCGGCCCAGGCCUGCUUCUACUUCGCUGCCUACCUCACCAAGUAUCCCUACGGAGAGUGCAGGGACUGGUAUGACAGUGUUCACUCAGUGCCCCAGUGUAAGCAAUGCUCAGCUCUGGUCACCUGUACAGACUGUCUCCAGACGUUUCAGUGCGGCUGGUGUGGAGACUACAACAACCCCACCAUCGGCAGGUGUCUACGAGGAGACUGGGGAGGGAUGGACGACCCCUCUGUGUAUAACUGCAGUGUGGCUGUCGAUGAAGUACGGGCUACCAGUCCUGAGCCCCAGACCUUGGCCCCUCCACGGCCCAUGGAGAUGGAGAUGGAGCUGGAGCACAUGGAGGAGGGGGAGAGGGACCCAGUCUGGUCCUACCCCAGCUGUCCCGAUGUGGAGGAAUGCAGGCUGGGCCUCCACAGCUGCCACCCCUUCGCCACCUGUGUCAACACCCCCACCUCCUUUGAGUGCCACUGUGAGAGGGGCUACACCGGGGACGGCACCCUGCACUGCAACCAGACUUGUUAUAAUGAGUGUCGUGAGGGCCAGUGCAGCGGCAGCCCGCGGUUUGAGUGUGAGUGUUCCCUGGGCUGGACAUCUGACCCAGCCACACUGGUGCUGAGCGGGGUGGAGUGUGACGUGGACUGUGGCUGUAACUUCCACAGCACCUGUAUCACUGCCCCAGGCAUCUGUGACCACUGCCAGGAUUGGACAAUGGGUCUCCAGUGUGAGCACUGUCGACCAGGGAGUUUUGGUUCUGCGCUGGCCGGGGGCGGGGGCUGUGUGCCCUGCCAGUGUAACGGCCAUGGAGGCCCCCUCCUGGGCUUCUGCCACAAUCAGACAGGCCAAUGCUACUGCACACACCACACCCAGGGACCACACUGUGAAUCCUGCUUGCCUGGAUAUUACGGAGACCCCAGGAAUAAUGGCACCUGUUUCCGUCAGUGUCAGGGGCGCUCUGUGAUCCUGUCCCACCAGUCACCCCUCUCUGAACUCCCCAUCUCGUCCUCCCUGGGGUGGCGAGGGGGCGUCGGGGGGAAGGGGGGGCUCUCCCACUGUCUGUGGGUCCUGUCUGUCUCUGAGCACUUGGUCCCCUGUGAGCCUGGCGAGCUGUGCCCUCCUGUGGCUCUCACCCUGCACCCAGACUCCUACACACAGUGCACUAGCUCCUACGUUUACGUGUUUGAUGGCCUGCCUCGUUUCUUGAGCAACGGGGUGGUGCACUCAGACCACAACCUGAUUGGCGCGUUCUGUGGGACGACCCGGACUCAGCCAAUUACAGUGGAGGCCACUUCAGGUGUGAUUUCUGUGUACUUUGAGGCCAACGUCUCGUCCGACCGCCCUCAGGGUUUCAACGCCUCCUUCUGGGUGCGGCGUUGUCGUCAGGUUUCUGAGGCGGGGGAGGAUGGGUCACCCGUAUGCCAGGGAGGGGCGCAGUGCAGCGAGGGGCUGUGCCAGUGUACUCAGGGGUAUGGGGGACCGUACUGCGACAGGCCCCUCUGUCCCGAGGGCUGUGGGCUAGCAGAGGGCCGAGGCUCCUGUAACUUGUCUCUGGGAGUGUGUGUAUGUGCAGACGGUUGGGGCGGCUCUGACUGCUCCACCCCUCUGGACUCCAGCAGCCUAGUUUGGGAAACCCUACUGGACACACAGCUCACAGCGAACCAGGCCCACAGGUUUCUCCACCGGAUGGGCCAUUCUCUAGUGUCUGGGCCCCAGGGGAACCUCUGGAUGUAUGGAGGCCUCUCUCUCUCAGAGGGCAUCCUGGGAAAUGUCUACAGGUACUCUGUGUUGGAGCGGCGCUGGACUCAGAUGCUGACCAGUUCAGUGGAGGAAGGCUCCACCCCCAGCCCCCGCUACCACCACGCCUCUGCCCUCCUGGCCAGUCAUGAGCCUCUCUCUGACGCCCAGGGAGCCACUCACAACCUCAUGCUGGUGGUGGGCGGUGUCACGCAGAAGGGCGUCGCCAUGGACACGUGGAGCCUCAACCUCAGCAGUCUGGUGUGGAGACAGCACAAGAGCUCAGUGCUGCCACCGGUGGCAGGUCAUACUCUAACGGUGCGUCGGGACUCCUCUAUGCUGCUCAUCGGAGGUUACUCUCCAGAGAACGGCUUCAACCAUCACCUGCUGGAGUUCAACAUCCACUCUGGCAACUGGACCGUCGCUCCCCACACCGGCACACCUCCUACAGGUCUGUAUGGCCACUCGGCUGUGUACCACAAGCAGACAGACGCCGUGUACGUGUUCGGAGGCUACCGCUUCCACGUGGAGACAGUGGAGCCUUCAGGAGAGCUCUACAGUCUCUACUAUGCCAACCUCACCUGGUCCCUACUGGUCCCCUCACAGGGGAAUAAGCCCCUGUCCCGUUUCUUCCACGCUGCAGCCCUGAUAAAAGACACCAUGGUGAUCGUGGGAGGGAGGACAGGAGUGGAGGACUACAGCAACACAGUGUCUCUGUACCAGAUCAACUGUAACACCUGGAUACAGCCAGACUCGGCGGUGGGCGAGCCGGUUAACCGUUCAGUGUCUCUGGCCAUGGUGGGCUGGGGUGGGCGGCUGUUCCUCUCUGGGGGGUUCAACGGGGUCACCCUGGGGCGUCUUCUCACCCUGACCCUUCCCUCUGACCCCUGUGCCUUGCUGCCCACGCCCGAGGCCUGCAACACCACCACAGGCAGCUGUGUCUGGUGCAGGGGUACCUGCGCCGCCUCUGAUACUGCUGAGAGACUGGGCUGUUCCAUUGGUCAGUCUCCCUGCUCCCCCACCCCUCGUCUACCAGACCAGUGUCGCAGACUGAAGACCUGCAGCGAGUGUCUGGCACGCCACCCCAGGACCUUCUCUAGCCCCUCACAGUCCCAGUCUGCUCUGCAGUGUAAGUGGUGCACCAACUGUCCAGAGGGAGCAUGCAUCAGCAGUACAGUCAGCUGCACCUCAGAACACGACUGCAGGAUCAACCAGAGAGAGAUCUUCCUGUCCAGCAACUGUACUGAGACCAGCUGUGAGGCCUCCGACUGCCCCAAGUGCACCGCCUCAGGGAAGUGCAUGUGGACACGCCAGUUCAAACGCACCGGCGAGACCAGGCGCAUCCUGAGUGUGAACCCCACCUACGACUGGACGUGCUUCAGCUACGCCCUGCUCAACGUGUCCCCCAUGCAGGUGGAGUCCUCCCCUCCUCUGCCCUGCCCGCCCCCCUGCCACCACCUCAGCACCUGCAACCUCUGCCUGGGCUCCCGGGGCUCAGACGGGGGCUGGCAGCACUGUGUGUGGAGCAUGGCACUGCAGCAGUGUGUGAGUCCGUCCUUCGUGCCUCUGCGCUGUGAGGCGGGUCAGUGUGGUCGUCUGCUGUCUGGUGGGGACUCUUGCUCCCCCCAGUGCGCUCAGCUCACCCAGUGCUCUCAAUGCAUCGCCUGGCCCCAGUGUGGCUGGUGUGCUGCCCAGGGGGGCAACGGGGCUGGACUCUGCCAGCAGGGAGGCCUCGACGGUGUGAGUGAGGGAGUGUGUCCCCAAGGAAACCGUAGCUGGUCCUUCCUCCACUGCCCAGAGGAGGAUGAGUGUGCCAACGGCCACCACCACUGUAACAUCACCCAGGACUGCCAUGACCUGACCCAGGGAUACCACUGCACCUGCAAGCAGGGCUACGUUCUCAGCCGUGCGUCAGGCCAGUGUGAGCCAGUCUGUGCUCAGGGCUGUGUCAACGGGACCUGUGUGUCCCCGGGAGUGUGUCAGUGUCACUUUGGCUUUGUGGGGGACAACUGCUCGUCUCAGUGUCGCUGUAACAAACACAGCAACUGUAAAGGAGUGUCUGAGCCUGACAAGUGUCUGGAGUGUAAAAACAACACUAUGGGUGAUCACUGUGAGAAGUGUAAGCCCCUGUAUGUGGGGUUGGCGGUGGGCGGGGGGACGUGCCGCCCCUGUCGGGAGUUCUGCAGGGGGAACAGCGCAGUGUGUCUGUCCCGGGACGAACACAAGAGGGCGCUAGACCACCCCCAAGACCACCCUCUGGACCCAGACAGAAUUGUUCAGUGGGUGUCGGAGGGUCCUACAGAGGACUCAGCGGUUUGUGUGAGCUGCCAGAACAACAGCGUGGGGGACAAGUGUGAGAGCUGCCUCAGCGGCUACUUCCUAUUGCAGGGGAACUGUGACAAGUGUCAGUGUAAUGGCCAUGCGGACACAUGUAAUGAACAUGACGGCACAGGCUGCCCAUGUCAGAACAACACAGAGACCUCUUCCUGCCUCAGCAGCCCGCAGAGCGACAGGAAGGACUGCUACAGAACACAGUGCGCCAAGUGCAAAGACUCCUUCAACGGCACACCGGUAAACGGGCGCCAGUGCUACCGGCAGUUCAAUGUGGACAAUGAGUGCUGCUUCGACCCCACCUCUCAGACAAAUUGCUUCCACGAUCCCACCAUCCGCAAUCUGCCCAAGGGACGCACCGUCUUCUUCGCUGCCCAGCCAAAGUUCACCAACGUUGACAUCCGGGUCACCAUCGACGUGACCUUCGGGGAGGUGGAGGUGUACGUGUCCAACUCCCACGACACCUUCAUCGUAGAAGUGGACCGCCACACAGGCAUCCACGCCAUCAAGAUCGAGGACGAGUCGGCGGCCCGAGGUGGGGCGGGCGGGGGGGAUAAGGAGACGCCUCCAUCACCUUUGAAGGUCUAUGCCAACUCCUCAUCCAGCCUGGCUGGGCCCAUGCUCCCCAACACCCCCCUGCAGCUCCACGCCAAGCCCCAGGGGGCGGACAGGGAGGUACGGGAGGCCAAGACGGAGGGGCUCAUCUCCUACAUCACGGUGUGGAAGCCCCAGACGGUACUGAUUGUUCGAGGUGUCCGUGACCGUGUGGUCAUCACCUUUCCCCAUGAGGUCCACUCCCUGAAGUCCAGCCGCUUCUACAUCGCCCUGCGCGGUGUAGGCACAGAGGAGAGACGAGGCGAGUCCCAGGGCCUGCUCUUCCUCCGCCAAGACCAGGCUCACAUCGACCUGUUCGUCUUCUUCUCUGUUUUCUUCUCCUGCUUCUUCCUCUUCCUCUCUGUCUGCGUCCUCCUCUGGAAGAUCAAGCAGUUCAUGGACUUCCGCCGAGAGCAGAGGCGUCAUAUCCAGGAAAUGACCAAGAUGGCAUCCAGGCCCUUUGCCAAGCUCACUGUCUAUUUGGAACCAGAGGAGCCCCAGCUCAUCUACCUGCCCUCCACAGGGGGCGGAGGGGUGGGGGGCAAUGCCGUGUCCCUGGCCCAUGCACGUACAGGCAAGCUGGGGGGCAUUGUAGUUGGCCAGAGGGGGCGAGCUGGAGCCAUCUCCUACAAACACGAGCCAGGCUCCGGCCCCACCGUCCACCACCACCUUACCCUGGGUGGAGGGGGCAACAGUGGUCAGCACCUGCCCCUGCAUUACCUCAACACCCACCACUAUGUCCCCACCACCGCCAACACCACGGCCUCGCACCACCACCACCCGUCCUCCCACAGUGGCUACCAGCACUUCUGCCGCUCCGACCCCUUCUUGUCCCAGCUCAUGGGCUUCUCCUACUCCACCUUCAAGGUGGGGCCCAUCACCCUGGAGCCCACGGAUGACGGCAUGGCCGGGGUGGCCACCGUCCUCAUCCAGCUGCCGGGGGGCAUCCUGGCCCCUAACCGCGCCUGCCUAGGGUCCGCCCUGGUCACACUACGGCAAAACCUCCAGGAGUACUGUGGUCACGGCAAUGGAGGGGGACACCCCGGGGUGGGAGGGGGGCGCAAAGGCCUGCUAGGGCAUCAGCACCUCACCACCAUGGCUAUGUAGAGAAGAGGGGGAGAAAGGAAAAAAGAAAGUGGGUAAGAGAGAGAGAGGGGUAUGUGGUGGGGUGGUAGUAACAUGUUAAGAGGUUAGAAGAGAGAUGGGGAGUAAUGUGAAAAAGGCCAUACAGGAGAAAGUUAUAUAAGAGUCUGUUGAAGUUGAUAGGAUGAUACCUGUAUUUACACUGUUUCAAUAUUGAUUGUCUUUUAUUCCGUUAUGUAUCGCUAUAUUUCAAACGCUUCACGUGACCAAGCCAGCUAUCUCUAAAAUGCACUACAACUACACGUUAUAUCAGCUCAACCAUUCAGUUGCAUCCUGACUGCGUCCGCUAUCGAGGUAUGAGUGCAGUCGACAACAAGAGACUUUUGCUGCACUGUCGUUUUUUGGAAUGACCAAUUAAAGUAGGGAUGAUAACUACUGGCGUUGGAACCAACAUGUGCUUUAUACCCCAAAAGGUGACAAUCAAACAUUACCAUUAAAAACAAGAGACAGAAGGGGCAGUCUACCAGGAUGUGCAACAUUGAAUUGACAUGAUAGGAAAAAUUCAAAAGUGAUGCUUGUUGUCAAUGUUUUUUAUAUCAUGGUAGUAAUGAUGAGUAAUAUUAAUUGUAACUUAAUAUAUGGCAGGCUUUUAAGCUACGUGUCUGAUAUUAACUCAUAACCCUAAGUAUAUAUUUGUGCAUGUUCAUUCACAGGACCUGUUACAUAGUUCUUUAUCGGUUGUUGUAUUUGUUUCUCUGCUCAUCUGCCUCCGGUUCUUCUGUCUUUGAACUCCCAGGCCUACAACUAACAAUCCUGUUGUGUAAUGUUUCCUAUUGUGAGGCUUAUGGAGAACAUAUUAAGCAAAGCAACACUUUUGACACCAUUUCAUAUCUGUUUAAAUUGAUUUUGUUUCAAAUGAAGGAUUUAACUUGGUUGUUAUAACAAAUAACAGCUUUCUUGUUUAGUAGCAUUGCACCUAAUUAAGGCAAAUUGUAACACUAUCUUCAGCUACGCUUGAGUCCGGUCACAAGCAUUAUUAGACUGGUUACAUUGUGCUUGUCUUGUAUUUGUUUACGUGUUUAACACUUUUUUAAAACCAUUUUUAAUUUGCUCUUUUUUUUUAAGGGAACACUGCCCUGGUGAGGAGUAGGUGCCAAUAUUAAAAGUGCAAGAAAUAUGA